CUGGACCACAAUAUCAUUUCUGCACAUAUAUACAUGUAUACAGAUUUUUGUAGUAUACAUUUUUAAUGUAAACAAAACAUGAAAAGGCAAAAUGUACGGACGCUCUCUUUGGUGGUGACAACUUUUACAUAUCUUCUUAUCGGUGCGGCCGUCUUCGACGCUUUAGAAUCCAAAGAGGAGGAAAAAAGGGAUCAGAUGCUUAAAGUAUCAUCGAGCGCAUUAAAAACAAAAUACAACAUAACAGAGGAGGAUUACAAAAUGAUUGAGCUGAUGAUUAUUGAGUACAAGCCGCAUAAGGCCGGACCUCAAUGGAAAUUCGCCGGUAGUUUCUAUUUCGCUACAGUGGUUUUAGCUAUGAUUGGUUAUGGACAUUCCACCCCUGUUACUGCUGGGGGAAAGGCAUUUUGUAUGGCUUAUGCCAUGAUUGGUAUCCCCCUAGGCCUAAUUAUGUUCCAAAGUAUAGGAGAGCGUUUAAACAAGGUUGCCUCCAUAAUAAUCCGCCACAUAAAAAAGUACAUGAAAUGCGAUAAAAUUGAGGCAACAGAAAUGAAUUUGAUGUUUGCCACUGGUAUGCUCUCUACCAUUAUCAUCACUACCGGAGCGGCUGUUUUCUCUAGAUACGAAGGAUGGACCUAUUUUGAUAGUUUUUAUUAUUGCUUUGUUACGUUGACUACUAUAGGAUUUGGAGAUUAUGUCGCUUUACAGAACGAUAAUGCCUUAAUAAACAAACCUGGCUACGUGACGCUGAGCUUGGUCUUUAUUUUGUUUGGAUUGGCUGUUGUAGCUGCUAGUAUCAAUUUGCUUGUCCUCAAAUUCAUGACCAUUGGGCCAGAGGAUAGUAGAAAAGACGAUCAAGAUCUACAGUCGGUGACGCAUCACGUGUUUGCUCUAGAUGGCGAAAUGAUAAAUGUAAAUGGGAAGUUGAUUUCGACUCCAAAUGGUAUAGAGGAUGAAUUUGAGCAGGCUUCGGUCUGCUCUUGUAACUGUCUAGGAUUAAAUCACGCCGAUAAUGAAGAAUUGCUUCUAGAUAAUUGUUACCAUCCGGCUCACAUACCAAUGACUGGCAUGCAGACCAUAAAAAGAGCUUCUGUUUGACAAACAUUUUAAUAAAACUUUGAAAAGUUGAAA